CUCCGCUGGAUGUUGACCAGACAGACAACGCCCCCUCAACAUGCAGCGCCUCACAGCCUUGUAUCAGACCCAGACAGCGUGAGUCAGCGUUGAUCAAGGUCAGACAACGCCCCCGCAAUAUGCAGCACGUCACAGCCUCGUACCAAAGCCAGGCCGUGUGCGUUAGCAUUGGACUCAGUUCAGGCAGUGAUCCUCCAAUAAGUAGCUUGGGACCGUUGUACAUUCCCACUCGCACUCACUUGUUCGGAAUAUGGCUGUUGCGUUCCCUUCUGCAACUGGAUGUGCUGCACCAGGCCGCCUCAUGUUUCGGUCGCUACGAUAUUU